AUGCGGUGCACCCACAUUGCGCGUCUGCUGCAGCUCGCGGGCUUGGCACUUAGUCUUUGGACAAGCAGUUGUGCUGCCGAAGACAAUAAUACCAUUACCAACACUACUAUUAGUAUAAAACACAAGCCACUCGAUAUCAAAACAUUUCACUCGCUGCGCCGCGCAAAAUCUAAGCCCAGAUUCCGUCCCGAUCUGCUGUACGAUCCGCCAAUGCCGAUCACCAAAGUGGCAUACUCUGCCAACGAGGGGCUCAUCACGUUCGUGGCGUCCGUGUAUCCAAACUCGACGCUAAAGGAGAGCGCAGCGCUUAAACGCACCGAGGACAAUCGAACAGACUCAGCUAUGGUAUUUGACAACCUGUGGGCGAGACACUGGAAUGAGUGGAUGUGGAGCAUCGAUGAUUACACGCUGUCGCCAACCGGAGACAAUGUUGCCUUUGUCACUCGCCCACCGUUUGACAAUAUGACGUGGUCGACAAACGUGGACAUUUACCUGGUCUCAACAUCCGGCAACUCAAAGCCACGCCUGCUCACGGCCCGCAUAGACGGCAUGUCCAGCUCGCCCGUGUUUUCGUCCGAUGGUAGGCGGUUAGCCUGGUUGCAAAUGGAAACCCCAGGCUGCGAGUCCGACAUUAACCGCAUCUAUGUGCAUAACAUUGCCGCACGUGAGACAAUUGCGAUUUCCUAUGACUGGGACCUAUCACCGAGCUCGCUUGUGUGGUCCAAGGAUGAUAAAACUAUAUAUACGCACUCAGACCAGCCCGCAGACAUUCACCUGCUGGACACAUACAGCCGUAGAACAAAGCAGCUGACCUGCGUCAACAAGGAGGCACUUAAGGAGCUGAACCUCUGCGUGCCCGAGGACUUUUUGUUCAACGGUGCUCGCGGCGACAAGGUUCAUGGCAAGAACUUCACGGACUCGAUCCGGCACAAAUGGGGUGACCUCCCGUAUGUCGAUCUAAUGCGCGGUAUUGACUUUGUCACGAGCAAAUACAACUUUGUCGAUUCCACCCGCAUGGCAGCGCUCGGCGGCUCCUACGGCGGCUACAUGGUCAACUGGCUCAACGGACACACGGAUAAGUUUAAGUGCAUGGUCGCGCACGACGGAAAGUUCAGCACAGUGUCCGGGUAUUACGGUACGGACGAGCUGUGGUUUCCCGAGUGGGACCUAGGCAAGCCCUGGGAGAUCGCCGGCCGCGCGAUACUCGAGGAGAACAAUCCUGAGAGAUUCGCGUCAAAUUUUAAAACUCCGACGCUGUUUAUCCAGGGAGAGAAAGAUUUUAGGAUACCCGUUAGCGAGUCACUGGGCGCGUGGACGAUGCUCCGGCGCAGGGGUAUCCCAGCGCGUUUUGUGUACUUCCCUGAUGAGGACCACUGGAUUAACAAGAUGGGGAACUCCAUGCGGUGGUACACCGAGGUGCUGGACUGGAUCACUACCUGGACAAACACCACGGCGCCGUAUCACAUUCGCUAA